AACAACAUCGUUGCCGCCAUCCUUGUAAUAACAUUCUGCAGCGCCGAGAUGACGUGGGCACAGGCACUGGCACCGACGCCAACGCGACGCCGGAUUGUAUGACGAACUUGUUCAACUUGUCGGAUUGUUUGUCGUACGUGAAGGCGGGAAGCAACCUGACGAAGCCGGACAAACCUUGCUGUCCGGAGCUGGCGGGGCUUGUGGAGAGCAGCCCUCAGUGUCUGAGCUAUCUGUAGGAUAAGAACAAGACAGCCAGUUAUGGGUUCAACAUCGACAUGAACAGAGCUCUUAAGCUGCCUAAUGUUUGCCAUGUUUCCACUCCUCCCGUUAGCCUCUGCUCUGUUAUCAAUGGUGCUCCAACCGCAGUUCCGACUCCAAGCACUGAAGGAUCUACUGCAUCACCGGUAUCUGAGUCAGCAGGGGCAGUUGCAUUUGGACCGUCCCGGCCGCUAGGCACCUACACCGGACUGUAUGACGAAUUUGUUGAACUUGUCGGAUUGUUUGUCGUACGUGACGGCGGGAAGCAACCUGACGAAGCCAGACAAACCUUGCUGUCCGGAGUUGGCGGGGCUUGUGGAGAGCAGCCCUCAGGGUCUAUGACUCUGUGCUAUCUGUUGGAUAAGAACAAGACAGCCAGUUAUGGUUCAACAUUGAUAUGGACAGAGCUCUUAAGCUGCCUAACGUUUGCCAUGUCUCAACUCCUCCCGUUAGCCUCUGCUCCGUUUUAAUGGCGGUCCAACCGGAGCACCAACCCCUAGCCCUAAAGGA